GUCAGAGAGUCGGGCUGCAGGUUUGUGCUCAUAUUAAUGACUGCCGAUGAGACGGCGACGCAUCUAUGUGGUCCGCCUGACACUUGAUCGAGGGAACAGAUGCGACCCUGAUCGGCCGCUGUGAAGACGGAGAAGGGAAAAGCACAGGGAACGCAGGAAGCUGUAUCCGCACUUCUUUAUUUCCCCCCUGCUUUUGGAACAUUUUGCUUUACAGAAAGAAGCCCGUGUAUCUGUUCCCCCAUCCUCGGAUGAAAGCAGAGAACUGAUUUCUCAUCAGCUGCGUGAAAACGACCACACAUUGUUGCCUGCUUCUGUUUUUCUCCUCACUCGAUUGAGAUGGGAAUAUAGACGGCACCACAUUGAAUGCGACGAUGAUUGAACCGGACUUUUAUUGAUGAAUAAGGCAGGGGGGGCUGCUGGAAAGAGGGGCACAGUAAUUAGGCAGACGACUGGCCCCCCCAACCCAUCGCUGUAGACGCGGUCUUUUUUGCGCAACUGUGAAUGAUGCAGAUUCGGACUGAGCCGAGGCAAACAAGUCAAACCAACUAAAAGACAUGUGUCGAAUGUAGGAAUGGACUGGGCUGUGCAAUCUCAAAGUUGCUGAAGACAAUCAAAGAGGACAUUUUUCUUUAAGUAAUUAUAUAUAUAUAUAUAUAUAUAUAUAUAUAUAGUGUACAGAUAUACAUUUUUUUUAUCCUUCUCUUUUUUGAUAGAACUGCAACUUUGUCUCUAAACCCUUAAACUGUUAGCAACAUUGAGUGAUUGACUAUUACAUUCAAGGACAUCUACACAGCAAGACAUAAAAAAAAACCAAGGGAACCCAGUGGUGGUGUUGGGUUUGUUUGGGGAGGGGGUGAGCCAGUCGCCUCUGGAGCAGCAGUAGCAAAUGAUUUGUUGUUUGUGAAGUCAACAACUGAGAAUCCUUGAUUUGUGAAGACCAAUUUCUGGUUGGUCGGGGUUUAACAGUUCAACAUGAAGGACGUGUCAUUAAUGGAUUGCCUCUUCAUUGGGCUGGCUAUGGCCUCUCUUGUUGUAGCCACUGAAGUGAGGCCUGAUUGCCCGAAGCUUUGUAUGUGUGAAAUCAGACCCUGGUUUUCUCCAACUUCAGUGUACAUGGAGGUGCAAACAGUGGACUGUAAUGACGUGGGACUUUUCAGUCUGCCAGAACGAUUACCACUGGGCACACAAGUUCUAUUACUGCAAACAAACAACGUUGCCAAGAUUGACACACCUUUGGAUUACUUGCCCAAUAUCACAGAGAUUGAUUUAUCACAAAACAACUUAUCUUCUAUCAGUGACAUCCAUUUGGGAAAUCUUUCUCAGCUCGUAUCCCUUCAUCUUGAGGAAAACUGGAUAGAGGAGCUACCUGGGCGAUGCCUGUCCGAUUUGGUCAAUCUGCAGGAGCUCUACAUGAAUCACAAUCUCAUCUCUUCCAUUUCCCCAAAGGCUUUCCAGGGCCUAAGUAAUCUGGUGCGGCUCCAUCUCAACUCUAACAAGCUGAAGGUUAUUAAAAGAGAAUGGUUCGAACCCAUGCCGAACCUGGAGAUCCUAAUGAUUGGUGAGAACCCAGUUCUUUCCAUUUACGAUAUGAACUUCAAACCUCUAGGAAACCUCAGAAGUCUUGUUCUAACCAGAAUGAACUUGUCUCAGCUUCCUGACAAUGCGCUCACCGGGCUUGAUAACUUGGAGAGCAUUUCAUUCUAUGAUAAUGUUUUUCCAGAGGUUCCCCAUUCCGCCUUAAAAAAUGUCAAAAAUCUCAAGUUUUUGGAUCUAAAUAAAAACCCAAUUUCCCGGAUACAGAGAGGAGACUUUGUUGAUAUGCUCCAUCUGAAAGAACUGGGGAUUAACAGCAUGCCAGAGCUAAUUUCCAUUGACAGUUUUGCUCUCAAUAAUCUGCCUGAACUAACCAAAAUAGAAGCCACAAACAAUCCUAAACUUUCCUUCAUCCACCCCAACGCUUUCUACAAACUACCACGAAUGGAGACUCUCAUGCUAAAUGGCAAUGCUCUUAGUGCCCUCCACAGGAUAACAGUGGAGUCUCUCCCAAAUCUCAGAGAGGUCAGCAUGCAUAGCAACCCCAUUCGGUGUGAUUGUGUCGUCCGCUGGAUGAACAUGAAUAAAACCAACAUUCGCUUCAUGGAGCCUGAUUCGCUGUACUGCGUAGAGCCUCCGGAGUACGAGGGCCAACAUGUUCGGCAGGUGCACUUCAGGGAGAUGAUGGAAAUUUGCCUACCCCUAAUAUCCCCUGAAAGUAUGCCGGGACACAUCAAGGCACACAGAGGGAGCUCCGUGUCACUCCACUGUCGGGCCUUUGCUGAACCGGAACCCGACAUCUACUGGAUUACCCCGUCUGGUACCAGGAUCCUGCCGAAUUCCAUGUCUGACAAAUUCUACAUGCACCCAGAGGGAACAUUCGAUAUCUAUGAUAUAUCUGAAAAUGAAGCCGGUGUUUACACCUGCGUCGCACAUAAUCUGGUCGGAGCUGACCUGAAAUCUGUUUCAGUAGAGGUAAAUGGAUAUUUUCCUCAACUUGCUAGUGGUUCCCUGAAUGUUGUGAUUAAAGCAGUGGGGACAAACUUCAUCCUGGUUUCUUGGAAAGGCCAGCCAGGCAUUUUGGCCCCCAACAUUAAAUGGUACACACUAUCUGAUGUGAACCAUCCCACCUCAGCAUUUACCACCAGGGUUCCCUCGGAUGUUCAGCUUUACAACGUCUCUCAUCUACACCCUGCCACUCAGUACAAAGUUUGUGUGGAUAUCCGCAGUAUCCACUACGACCAUGACACCAAAUGCGUCAAGGUCACCACUAAGGGAUUAGAGCUGGCAGCCAAGGACACUGGAAAAUGGGAUGCAGCACUAAUCACCGUCUUUGGAGUGCUCUUGGCAGUGGUUUCAUUGGCAUGCCUGUUUUUUUAUGCGUCUCUGAGGAACCGCCACUUUUAUGGGAAUAUAAGGAGAUACGACUCCAAGGCUUUGCUUACACCAGUGGAAGCUACUGAUCUGCACUCCUUCUUAACAAGGCUUUUGGAUUCGGGUAAAGGUGUGCCAGGUGGAGUUGAAGUUAAAGCCACAGUCAUAAAUGUAUCUGAUGAUGCCUUUUAAAAAGUCCAGCUGUGGACGGCUUGUUGUACUAACUACAGAUAAUGAACAAGGCCAUAAGCAGGGGUGAAUAAACUGAUGUUUUGAAAACCAUACCUGUGGCUAAACCCCAGCUCAGACACACUGGCAAAAUUUAUAAUCAUGAAUGGGAUGAAACACUUAGCUAGACUACAUGGCAUCCCUCCCCAACCGGUGGCUUUGCGAACCUUACAUGAAACCAAGCUAUCUUCAACAGGAAAGGUUCUCUACUGCAAAAACACCAACUUGAGUACAAUUAAUCCAGAAACGCAGGCAGAGAAAAGGAAGCAAGGACAAAGAUGGUGGUCAACUCUCUUGUAAUUGACUGUUAAAUGUGUUCAGAGUCGUGGAACUGUCCGUGUGGUCCCAAGCAAUACCGUCUGUGCUUUGUCAAACUUCCAUAGACGAGUUAGAGAAACAGUAAUAACACCUGUCUAUUAUGGGAAAGGAGAUUUAGUAGAGUAGACGAAUACAAGUGACUAUGGUGUAAGCCUUUUGAUGAACUAUACGCCCCUUUUUUCUAUUUAAAAAAAGAAUGGAUUCUU